AUGUUUCGUGUAUUAGGCUCACCAUACACAUUGGUACUCCAUCAACACGUAACGUAUCUUCGUCUUCAACGUCUUCCUUUUAAAGUGUAUUGCCACACUUUCACAACAACACUUCUUUACGCUUUUCUCUUACGUGCUCGUUGCGCCUUCUGUACAUUAGACCCACAAGGCCAUUCACAUUUACAAUUAUGGCAAUUAGUAAACGCCGUGGAGGGAGGAAUAUCAUUAGGAUUAGAGUCUCCAAACCACUCUGAAAGUUUAAAAAAUGUAGACUCUUUCAAUAAACUAAAAAGACCAAUAUCUUUUUGUCCUCCUCGAUCCCAUUACCCACGAUUACAUUUAGUUAAUUGGAUUAUUGUUCUUUAUUCCUCUUGGUGGCUUGCGAAGACGGGUGCCAUGUAUAGAUGGAUUGUUGGGGAUAGUGUGGAUAUCAUUGAUGGAUAUAUUCGUUAUUUCUUUCUUCUUCCCGGUGUGGGACUCUCACGGGCCAUUGCCGGACCCUUUCGGCAGGCAAUGCAGAAACUCACAUCCGUUUCCGGAGUAUCUGUAGAGACAGCACCGUAUAUGCAGGAACACUUUAAACGUCUCUGCACUUCAUUGGAUACUCACUUUAAACAACUAGAAGAAAAAGAAAAAGGAGGAAAUUCAUUUUCUUUAUUUCUACUUGGUACUCCACAUCCUACAUUGGCAGAUGUAGCCCUUGGAUCAACCUUUUCUGCUUAUUUUUUAAUGGAUGACCCACCGGCAUCUUUUAUCGUACAAAAAUAUCCUUAUCUUAAUAAAUAUUUAGAAAAGGUUACAGGAUGA